AUGGCGGCGCUUCUGCUAGUGUUGUUGCCGUGCCUGCUGUUCACCCAUGCGGCCGCUAGGUGUCCCACAGGCUGCACCUGUCAGCGGAUCACCGGUACUGUAGACUGCCGGGGAGCCCAUCUCAGCUUCAUCCCGUCCAAUCUCUCCGUCACCACGGAAUAUCUCGACUUUACCAACAACUCUAUAUCUAACGUCUCCAGGGGAGCUCUAGACGCGCUACAAGGGUUACAGUACCUCAUGUUAGACAGAAACGACAUCACAUACAUAGAAUGGGACUCGUUCAGAGCACUGACAAGGCUAAGCGAGCUACAUCUUGACCACAACAGUCUCAAAGAUGCAAGGAAGGAGAUGUUUUCUGGUCUGGGCAGACUCUCCUUGUUGAGUCUAUCUUCCAACCAGUUGGAAACGUUCAAUUUCCUCUACGCAAAGGAUCUGGACUAUCUAAAGAUUCUCAAACUAGAUAGAAACAAGCUGACGAGGAUCCCAGCUGGAGCUUUCAACGGUUUGAUCAACCUGCGGUAUCUACAUUUGGAGUACAACCAGGUGACGUACUUGGAGGAAUGGACGUUCGCUGGGUUGUGGAGUCUAGAGUUACUGUAUCUGAACGGCAAUCGGAUCAACGACACCUCCCAGCAAGCCUUUGCGGAACUGCAGAGCAUCCGCGCUCUGUACCUCGACGCCAACAACUUAGAGAACAUAUCCUUCGAAGUGUUCAAGAACAUCAAGACUGUUCACUUGGCUUUGCACUUGUCGCAAAACCCCUGGCACUGUGACUGCGACUUGCAGCGGACAUUCAGUAAGAUAUACCAAGUUACGAGGCUUUCUAUAGCGGACUAUCCGAACAUCACUUGUCACAAUCCGACCGAACUUCGUAACGUUCCGAUGAGGUCGGUUCGCCUGUGUAUCGCCGAGUUGGUGACCAUUCUCAUCAUCACGGCGACUGUCAUCCUCGCCACGAUCGCCGCCAUUUUCCGGGCUGCGAACAGCAGGAAAAGGAAGCUGAUGCGCACGCGCCACUGCCACGUCAGAGAUUACUAG